UCCUAAAAACAAGUUCAAAACCAAAAAAAAUGUCGAAAAAUAAAAUAUUUUUGUUAAUUUUCACCUCUUUUGUCCUCAAAGUCUCGUCAGAAUGCAAUAUUUGUGGCUCCAUAUCGCAAGCGGCGUGCAUCAGUGAAGAUCAAUACUUCCCCUGCAUCAAUAACAUCCCGAAUUUCAGUCAAAUUCUUCGUUGUCCGGCGGGAAGUGUUUGUUCCAACGUCGCGGGCGUUUGCGAUUCGAAUCUUUUAACUCCCGCAUGUCCUCUGUGCGGGGUUUGUAAUGCGCCCGGAGGUUAUGCGUGUCUAAGUCAAACAACGUAUUCGCCUUGUUCAGCGGGAACGAGCAUAAAUUGGCCAAUUUCGUGUCCGGAAGGAACGAUUUGCUAUCCAACGGGGUCAAAUACGAGCCCUUGUACGACAAUGACGUGGCAACAAACACAGAGAUGCCCAACUGGAAGUCCUCCGGUUAUUACGACGUCGACAACAGCAACGACAAGUAUGACGACACAGGCUCCGAUUCAAAGUCCGCAUUGGUUUUGUCGGUAUAAUAAUCCGGGGUAUUAUGCGAACAAGAAUGAUGUCAGUUGUAGAACUUACAUUUACUGCUUUUGGUACUUUGGCAUGACGGGUCAACUCAUGGGUUGCGGAGGAAAUCGAAUUUUUAAUCCAUCAACACGAACUUGCGUUAUGCCAGGAACAAAUGGAUUCGUCUGUCCUGUCAUUUAAAUUCGUAAUUCAUCGAUGUAAUGCCAAAAAAUCAUCCAAAUCAACAAAAAAUUCAAUUAAUCGAUCGAAGAAGAACGAGAGAAUUGCGUGCGACAUGCAACAUUGCAAAUAAAAAAAGUUAUUUUUGUUUAAAUUA